GUGUGUGUGAGAGACAUAUUUUUGCAAUCUCAGUUUCCCAAGAAUAUUUAUUUGAUUGAUAGAUGUUUAGUUUUUUAUAAGUCUGUUGUCAGACAUGUUGUUUAUAUAUAAUUUAUGCACACAUUAUUGUUUGUACUUCCUCAAACUUCACCACCUCCUUUCACAGCUCUCUCCACACACACACACACACACACACACACACACACACUCUGGGUAAAUAAAUGUAUGAGUACUCAGCAUCGCUCCUCUUUGUUUAUGCAGUAGCUUUUGAGCAGUUGCUCUGUGUUGCGCUCCUUCUCUGUCAGUAGGUGGCGUCACUGAGCAGAGAUCAGCUACUUCAGCUCCUGUGAGCAGAGAAAUCAUCAGUGGAAAUUGAAAAAGGAGCCGUUGAGAAAAACAUGGAGAAAGAGAGAAAAUGCUCAGGACAGUACGGAGCUCUGGAGAAGACGCAGGUGGACGGAGGAGCGAAGCAGGAGCCAGCGGAAGACGUCGUGUCGAUGGCCGACUCCACGAUCACGGUGCAGGACAUAGAAGGAGAGCUGGUGAGAAUUGAGCGGAUACGAGACAUCCUGGUCCGGAGGGAGUCGGAGCUCAGAUACAUGAUGGACGACAUCCAGCUCUGCAAGGAAAUCACGAGGCUGAAGAAGGAGCUGCAAAAACUGGUCUCAAUUCCAGACAAAGACAAGUCCAAGGAGGACAGGGAGCGGGAGGAGGAGCUGCUGCAUCAGAUCAACAAGCUGGUGGAGACCAGAGACUUCCUGGUGGACGAUGUGGAGUUCGAACGACUCAGGGAGAGAGAGGAAGACAGAGAGAUGGCGGCUUUCUUACAGUCCAAGUUUCCCAAGGCUUCGGCUGCAAAGGGAGCCGUGCCGGAUCAAACGGUGGCGUCCAAAUCUCAGCAGACGUCGACGCCGUUCAUCGGUAAAACUGGACUCACGCUGCUGAAGGACUGCUGCGGCUUCACCUGCUCCGUCAUGUGACACGGCACAAGACGUCCAUUAGGGAACCAGACGAGUAUUAUAACCACAUUAUUAAGGCUUUAACUACUGAUUAUUGUCCUUAUUUUGCAUUUUAUGCUGUUUUACAAUGUGACUUCUUUAAAAAUAAAAUUUCAGUUUAGAAAAUAAAACAGAAAACAGCCGGUUUCAGUCUUAAAACGCAGAAGAGAUGCAGUAUAUUGAUGAAGAAGGUUAUUUUUUUAUGAUAAUUCAUAAAAACCUCAUUCAUUUCGCUUGCCAUUAGAUGUAGAACGUUUUCCUGCUGUAAACCAGAAUUUCCACAAUUUAAACCAAAGUAAACAAGUAUUAUGAAAACAAGUAUUUUCACAUGUAUAACUUUAAAACAAUCUCCUUAUGUCUCCGUGAUCUCGUGUCUUAAUGUGACUGUGACUGUGAACACUGAUGUUAUAAUAAACACGUUUGAUGCU